AUGGACGGCAUCAUUUCAACAGGAAGUAUGAUCUAUUUAAUUAUCUGGUUUGUCUCGUGCUUUUUGUUUUGUCUCCUGUUCGCACGAGAGGGGAAGAUAUCUCGAAUGGACAUGGUGAAACUCAUCAUCACGCUGGUGUCGCUCGCCGUCUUUUGCCUGUGGAUAUUCUGGCUCUGCGUGUACUUGUCGCAACUCAACCCGAUGGUGCUACCAAUUCGAAGAAGCGUUAAGGAGUGA